UGAAGAGGUUGAAACAUGCCGCGUUUUGUGCGGGCCACUCAGCGAACUCGACUGCUGCUCGUCGUCGUCGUGGCGUUCACCGUGAUAUGCGGGGUUGCCGAGGACAACGACCGACGCGCCGCGGUGCGGUCGAAGCUGGCAACGGGUGGCGAAGCGAGCAGCGCGGGCGACGCACUCUCCGUCGCGACUGCCGCUGCGGAGGAUUUGCGUCCCUCGGCUACUGAAGUGGUGCACGGCGGUGCUGCGUUGGUGCGCGGUGACUCCUCGGCUUCUGUGGCCGCUAUUGGUAUGGUGCACCAGCAGGAGAGUGUCGAACAGCGGCAGAGUGCCGCUGUCUGGCAGGGCCAGGCCGUCACCGUGGUCGGUUUACUGGGACUGACCGUCUUUGCGGUCAUCGUGGCCGUAGUCGGACGGAAACUGUACCGAUCUCGCAGGGACCGACACAAUGGCGGGAGCAUCGCCCAGCAGGCGUCGUCGUCGUCGGCCCUGGCGCUGAACGGCGCUGCCCGGUCCCGCCUCUUCUCGCGCGACCGGCUCAACACGACCGACUACAUGCACACCCUGGCGACGCUCGACCGGCGGCUGGCCAUGGACGAGAUCCUGGAGAAGCGGCGACGCGCCGUCUUCCUGCAGCACAUCCGCUGCCACGCGCCGGGAGACGAGGACGACGUCUUCCUCGAGGAAGGACUCUUCUGCCCCGAACCGGCGACCUCGACCGGCGGCAGCAGGCACACGCCGAACAACGUGGACGACACCGCGUCCACCAGUCGUAUGCAGCACGGCGCCUCCUCCCUGCUCUAGGAGGGCGGGCCGCUGCGACGCAACUCCGCGCGCCGACGUUCCAUGUUUUUGUUUGUUUCAAACCGUUUUUUUUUUUAUCCUUUUGUAAGAAACCGUUGUCGAGAUUUCACAACCGCAUGUGCUGUGCAGUGAAUGUACAUUGAAAACCAUGUGCUCGAGCCUGUUGGUAAUCUGUAGCAACAUUUAAGCGCACUAAAGACGUUGUACGCCGUCCUGUGCACGGACCAUAAGUAAUGACAUUAAAACACAACGCUGUUGUGGUGUCGCUUCUUCUACUGCGUCCUUUGCGCGCUAAACUGUUGCUGUGGAUGCACGCCGAAUCAAGUCCCCACCCUUAACGUGAACGAAGCUCUCGGAGAGGCAGGCUUCGCGAAGCGAGCCGUCCAUCCAAGACCCACGGGUGGGGGCCUGUCGUUUCUAUGCGAGUAACGCGACCGACGGUCCCACCUGUAAGCACCGUUCGUCGCAGCACGGAAAGUAUAUAGAGUGGUACGUGCCCACGUAAGACGGCGCCUCGUUCGGGUCAAGGCCGAGGUCGAUUGUUGCCCAAGUCCAGAGCACAACUACGCGCUGAUUAUUUACCGAGAGGCACUUACAACGACACGUGGGGAAGUGCUAUGCCGAACUGGACUAAACGUAGCACUCUCGUUUUCAUCAUACCUCCGGAAUGCUAUAUUUCUCAAUAAUGCAGCCGCAAGGCGAUGCAACCGCCUUGUUUCCCGCGGACUUAUGUUGACCACGUUGAAGGAAUCCGUGCUUCGUGCAUUUGACCGGCCCAGAACGGCAUCGGCUGCUGGAUAAGAGUUCAGUCGCAACUGAACGCUGAAAACGAAUCUAUACGGGAUCAAAUUGAUCACUGCCGCAACGUUGUCAGCCUAAGUGUCAACCCGCUUGCAUCCUCUCGACUAGCGUAGCGGUUGUGUUCUGGAUAGGCGUCGUACGUAGGAUAAGCACGAAGACUGUCCACUGUCCGAGGUUGGUCUCUUCGACGUCUGGCGAAUGGCGUGAGCUGUGCAUGCUCCCUCAAGGGGAGAGGAGUGCGCAAGUUGUGUAGCCAUGAACUGGUGCGGAGAUGCGUGUUUGUGGCAAUGUCUUGUUAUCGAGCGCUGGUUAACGGAUUGCGCGAAAGCGUAAGAAGGUCGUGACGUGCUUUUCUAUAAAGCGUUCGGUAUUAAGCGGUCAGCAGUCGCACCGUGUGAUGACGUCGUACGCUAACGCUACAAACUUCGACGACCCAUGCACACGAUGACCGCAGAGUCGAAGGGACCGGUAAGAAGCGCUGUAGCUAUCAAAGCAGACUCAUUGGAAGACGCAUUAUCGGUACGUAGGUGAGCUCGGAAUGGUCACGUGACCAAGUAUGGCGUGUCUGUUGGGAGUUCGCAGAGUGUUCCGAGCCGAUCGUCGUACCUAAAUACACGUCUUAUCCCAUGUUCUCUGCCCAUUUUUUUCCCCACGUUGACAUCUACAAACGACUAAACUGUACAAAACUUGGUGUAAGGAUGCUGAAGUCGCUGAAUCUCUCGCGUAACGCUGCGAGCUUUUUUGUUAUAAAUGUCAACCUACAGACGCUAUUGACCAAUUAGAAUGCUAUCAUCGAUCUUUAAUACGGGAUGCGCGGGGUGACCGGGCACCUCAGCAUCUACCGAAAGCAUUGAGCGCCGUUCAAGCUCACCGUUCUCACAAAAUACAUCCACAGCUAACGAAGUUAACGCUACGAUUGCGUUACAAGAAACGAAACUGCUGAAAACGGUAAAAUACCGACAAUGAAAAACGUUUGUCCGUGCAUUGUAAGUGCUUCGUCCGACAGCGUUAUUUUUUUUUUCGCCCUCUUGAAAUGACAGCAAAUGAUAAAUGCCGGUGGACAGGGUAGGAAUGAUUUCUUGAUAUGCGUUAGUCAACGCGAGAACUCUACAUUUUUGGGCUUAAUUUUAUGAAAUUUUAUGAUGAAAGAGUGACGUUGUAAAAUUUCUGUCUGGCCUGCCGAAUGGAAAGGCAGUCUUCCCACGCACUGUGUAUGCCCCCCGCCCCAAACACACACAAAGUGACGUGAACACAUGCUGUACAAACAUUUCUUUGCUGACCCUCAAAAAGUUAAGCAAAUUUUGAUACCGUUUUGUCCUGUUCGUCGUAGUUCACGUCUAGCGCUGACCCAGUAAGGUAAGUCAUGCACCAAUCCUUCAAAUGACGCGCCGCUCACGAACGGGCUCGUCAGGCUGCGCCAUCUAGUGAGGCGAAGUCGAAUAACGGUCGCCUUGGCGCAAGUUUCAGUUUCCGGCCGUUUGACGAGAUAACUCGAACGCUGUUAGUCGCUGAAAAGCUACUGUUCUUUAGGUCGAUGUCUGAUACUUGCACUUCUCUUCUGUAGCGUAUUUGCUUAGGUUUGUGUUUCGUCUCUAAAGGUAGUGGUAGUCUUGAAGAGCUAUCUAUCAGUCUGUGCGAAAUGCUACGCCACAGAUGAUUUUGCGUUUCUUCCCUCGCUAUGUAUGGACCCUCGCACAACGGUUACACUAGGAUUCAUACCCCUUUGUUCGGUGAUCCUCACAUACUUGCUGUACACUGAUUUACCACCCAUGCCGUCCAAAUUUUUCGCAAAUCCUAGGGGACUCUUUUACGUAGAGCGCCUUGCGCAGUGAAACUUGGUUCGCCUCGCUGUCUGAGCGGAGCCAUGCGAAUCGCUUCCUUCCCAUGGUCACACGCACAGCACAUUGUACCAUGUUCGUCGGUUUUGCGAGUAAAACCGUACACUGAUAUGCUCAUUUGGGCUCCGUGCCAAAAUUGUCACCGGUGGCAGUAACCUGUAAACACCGGCCUGCUUGAGUGGGCCAAAGUAGGUUGAGGGUUUAGACAACUCGAAAGUGCCUGAUCGUUGUCACGGUUCUUUCAAGAUGGAGUGAAAGUUGAAAUGGAUCGCGUGUUCACUACUGACAUUCGCCCGUGAGGUCAACAUUGUCGCCGACCCUGCUGCGUAGGCAGUAUAGGCGGCUCUUACUUUUGUAAAGUGCGAAAGCGCCAUUUUCUUCUUCUUUUUGCUUCCUGAAGGUGGUAUAAAAAUGUAAAUCGUACAAUUUUCACGGUAAAUGGGCUUGUUGUCUGGGAGUAUCCUGUAGUUUUUGUAGGCGCAAGCGCUUUAGGUGCUGUUUUGGCACGUAACGAGUUUAGUUUGAAGCACACACCUUUGAAAGCGCGUACUUUUUUAUGCUUGAAAUGUAACUACGACUCGGCGAUGUCGUCAUGUCUGGUUUUGACGCACCCACGUGUUGUAACGCUAAUCACUUGUAUGAUGCACCAUAAGCAAAUGUUAACAACUGACUCGGAAGUCGGCUGUUUUCUUUUUUUUUUUUUACGGCAGCUACAAGAAUUAAAUGUCGAGCAUUGCUUACUGUUAGUACUUUUACCACUCUUAUGAUUCUGUACUUGACUGCCCCUGUUGUUUCUGCGGCUGGCAGGCUUGGCAAGUUUUGAAAAAGUGUGCAUUCUUUCAAUCUUCCUCGAAUGAACACACAUAUGUGACGCGUGAAAACGUGAAGAAAAGAGAAUGUGGCGAAAAUGUGUCUACUUAUUCUUCGUCGAAGUAAACUUGCAAAUGUGUUCGGGUGUGUCUCGCUCAUGAGCACGCGCGUCUGGCGCACACGUUCGGCCAAAUUUUUUCAAUUGUUUUUCUACAUUUCAAUAAUUGACUCGGAGACUCCGCAGUGACGCCAAUGCGAAUAAAUGGUGAAAAAAAAGAAAGAACCUAAAUCGUUGUUGUCACUGUCGUGGUCAAAACGUAAAAUGUGUGGGAGACUCUGACGAGUGCUGUGUACGAAGAAAUGGCGCUGCGCUCAGCAUUGUCCAUACACGGUCUGCCAAUCAGAUGGAAUCUAUUUUUGGUAAAUAAAAUGUGAGAAAAACUACUACAAGGAAA